UCAUGACUAAGCUCUCCUUCUUUAAGCCAGGCCAUGUCGCUCCAGGACAUUUUCGUGGGUUAAAUAAUCUUGUUUUGGACGUGCUACCUGCCUGCCUCAGGUGCGCGGGCUAAUUUUUUUUUUUUUUCAUUCCCGCAGUGUCAGAAGAGGGGGGAAAACAUGGCGUCUGUGCAGAUGAAAGGAAGCUGCUAUAGGCCAGCAAUGCGGAUCAAAAAGUCACUGGUGCCAAUGCACCAGUGUUUAGGAGAGAGAUGACCAUGUGAGAGAGAUGCAACAAAGGUCUGCAGUUGGACUUCAGCCAAGGACAUUAAUGGUCAGCAUCCUCAUCCCUAAGCCACGUGCCUUUCUCUGAGCCAGUGAAGAUGAAGUCUUGCAAGAUUAACCCUGAAAGUCACGAGUUCCCUGAGACCUGUUUUGGGAUGAAAGCCGGGAUCAAAAGUAAAGAGACAACACUGAAUUGAAGACAACUGACCACCAAGGGCGGAGACGAGGCAGACCACACAACGCAGGAGGCCUGGGGAAAUCAUUAACCACCACAAACACAUACAGUAUGACUGACGGGAUCCCCCUCCACUCUCCAUAUCCCUGAUACCGACAUCCAUCUCCAGCCCCUCCAGCCCCAGGGCCUGCCGAUUUACCUCCGACAUCUUCCACAUCUUGCAGCUUCACACCAAGCAGUACGCUAACCUCAGAGGGGGUCAGCUCCUUUUGGAGACCCCUCCCACCCCCUCCCUCCUAAGCCCCCAGGGACGGGACCCUGUCAUGUUUCACUGACUGACCCCUCCCAACUGGCGAAUGACAAGUGUGCAUCCGAGGGUGGGGCUUGCCUCAGUCUCUCAUAAUUGGCUGCUGGAUGGAAUUAAGGUGAAUGGAACACAUGCCCAAGGAGCAGGACCCUAACCCAUCAGAGGGAGAAGAGAAACGGUGGCUCAAUGGCCCGAAAAGGAAGAGGAAGAACAGCACAUGUUCGAUGAAGAGUGUGUCUGGGUACAUCCCCAGUUACCUCGAAAAGGAUGAGCCAUGUGUGGUGUGUGGCGACAAGGCCACGGGUUACCACUACCGCUGCAUUACAUGCGAGGGCUGCAAGGGUUUCUUCCGUAGGACCAUUCAAAAGAACCUCCACCCCACCUACUCCUGUAAGUACGAUGGCUGCUGCAUCAUCGACAAGAUCACCCGCAAUCAGUGUCAGCUCUGCCGCUUCAAGAAGUGUAUUGCAGUGGGCAUGGCCAUGGACUUGGUGCUGGAUGACUCAAAGCGGGUGGCCAAACGGCGGCUCAUUGAGGAGAACAGGGAGCGACGCAAGAAGGAGGAAAUGGUGAAAACCCUCCAGACCCGUCCAGAGCCCACCGGGGCCGAGUGGGAGCUGAUCCGCCUGGUGACGGAGGCCCAUCGUCACACCAAUGCUCAGGGCGCACAGUGGAAACAGAAGCGCAAAUUCCUGCCAGACAAAAUCGGCCAGUCCCCGGUUGCCCCCACGUCAGACGGAGACAAGGUGGACCUGGAGGCUUUCAGCGAGUUCACCAAGAUCAUCACUCCUGCCAUCACCCGUGUUGUGGACUUUGCCAAAAAACUGCCCAUGUUCUCUGAGCUGCCUUGUGAAGACCAGAUCAUCCUGUUGAAGGGCUGCUGCAUGGAGAUCAUGUCACUGCGAGCUGCCAUUCGCUAUGACCCAGAGAGUGAGACGCUGACACUGAGUGGGGAGAUGGCUGUGAAGCGUGAGCAGCUGAAGAAUGGCGGGUUGGGUGUGGUGUCAGACGCCAUCUUCGAUCUGGGCAAGAGCCUGGCACAGUUCAACCUGGACGACACGGAGGUGGCGCUGUUGCAGGCCGUGCUGCUCAUGAGCUCAGACCGCUCUGGCCUGACCUGCAUGGACAAGAUCGAGAAGUGCCAGGAGACCUACCUGCUGGCAUUUGAGCACUACAUCAACUACCGCAAGCACAACAUUCCCCACUUCUGGCCGAAGCUCCUGAUGAAGGUGACAGACCUGCGGAUGAUCGGGGCAUGCCACGCCAGCCGCUUCCUUCACAUGAAGGUGGAGUGUCCCAACGAACUCUUCCCUCCGCUCUUCCUGGAGGUCUUCGAGGACCAGGAGGUGUGAAACACACUUGCCACCACGCAAAUGGAAGAGGAAGUUGGGGCACACUGGGAGAUGGGAAAGGCCAUCAUUUUUAUAGGGGAAGGAUGGAGGGAGAGUCCUCUCGGCAGGAAUCUGUAUAUCUUCAACAUCGCAUUCACAGUAUGUGGUUUAAAGAACUGGAAACAACAAUAAGAGAAACAACACACCAGCAACAGGAGAGUUAAGCAAACAGAGGAUUUUGUUUUUUGAACACCCUCUCCUCCACCUCUUUCUCCUCCUUUUACUUACCCCUGUUUUAAUAUCUGUGUGGGGGCCCUUCUGUCUGAGCAUGAUGUCUUAUCUAGUAAGAGUUGUAGCCAUUUGCCAAGACAUGCACACAGACACAACACAUGCACAUGCACAUGCACAUGUACACUCUCACACACACACACAUAUAUACACAGCCACAGCCACAGCCACAGCCUGUUCCACCUCAGUUCUUCAGAGCAGCGCUCUUUGCAGGGGUCCGUUCCCCCUCUCUGGUUCUUUGUAGCGGUCACAGAUUUACACUUGUUUUGAAGCCCAUGUCUCCAGCUUCAAAGCUGGCCAGCACCUCUCAGUAUUAUUUCUGAAUAAGUGUUAAGGCAGUAAUUCAGAAAAUAUGGUCAAUAGUGACAUAUUACCAUCCACACUCAUGCAGGCACGCGCAAUCAGCAAACACUGCACAGUGAAAUUUCAGUAGAUGCUUUAUUACUCUGGUGUAUGGUUGCUGUAGUAAAGCUUCCAGACGUAGUUAUUAUCAAUUCCUCAACUCAAUCUGAGCCGUUACAGCUGUUUUUGAGGCUUCUUCUUAGAUCCCAGUGAAACCGGUGCUAUAUUUAUAUAAGGCUACUCCAGUUUUAUGAAAUUGUGUUGUCUAACUUUGAAAAAUGUGCAGACCAUGGCUCCAUGUCUACCUUCAUUUUUGUCAUUGGACCGGCUCCUGUGACAUACAGUACAUGCACACACACACACAACCACAACCACACACAUACACAUGCAUGUGCACACACACACACACACACACACACACACACACACACACGAGCAGACUUGCCUUGUCAUUGCCCGUGCUGCUUGCGCCAGCAGCCUAGUGUCUUAUGAAUGACAAUUAAGCCCUUCUCUCUCUCCAAGGAGUUGCUGCAUUAAGGAAAAGAAAGAAAGAAGGGAAGGGAGAGGAGGAAGGGAGACACUUGGAGGCUGAAAGGAGGGAGGAGCAGAGGUAGAGAGAGGAAACAAGAUUUAAUAGCUGGACUGUAGGUUCAGAGCCAGAGGUCAGAAGUAAAUCUCCCACACCCAGCCUCCAAAGAGGUUUUGAAUAGCAGCAACCACCAGCAGGACAGCAGAGCUCGUCUUACAUACACACACUCUCUCUCUCUCUCUGUCUCUCUCUCUCACUCUCUCUCUCUCUCUCUCUCUCUCUCUCUCUCUCUCUCUGUCUCUGUCUCUGUCUCUGUCUCUCUCUCUCACUCUCUUUCUCUCUCUCUCUCUCUCUCUCACACACACAGACACACACACAUAUAUAUACAUAAAAACACACAACAUCACCUCAGAGUAACGUGAAUGCCUCAUUUUACUGUAUGCACUGCACGGCAGUGUUGAUAUACAGCCCUAACCUGCAGGGUUUGUACAGAGUCCUCUCCUCACGGACUCCGCUCAGUGUGGCCCCUCCAGGCUUCCAUACACAUUUGCCUUUUUUUUUACCAUGGGCGUCACUGAGAGCAGGCAAAUGCCAAGAAGGCUACCAUUUACCUCAAUAUGGACACACCCCCAGGCUGGGGCAGCAAUACUGCCCCUGUGGUGUCAGGCACUACCUCACCUCUGUGGACACAGGGCAGCUGCCCACAGCCUACACACAGACACACACCAUUCAAGUUGGCGCAUGUGUAGAUUAACACACAAAUGUGCAUAAUUUUUGCAUAGGUGCACACUUGUAGUGAUGAAAAGACAAAACACUCACAGCAUACACACACACACCCUCAGUGCUAUCACUUGGUUGAAAUGAAAUACCACUGAAGACAGGAGGGCCAGCCAUCCCCCUGGAAGGUUUCACCAGCUCCAGGGAAUGGUACCCAUUACAUUCGGGUUAUCUCUUUUUGUUAUAUGGGACCAAGUGUCAUCUUUUAAAAUUUGGAUUUACUUGUUUCUGCCAAAACAGAAACCGACUCACAGAAGCGACGAAGGACAGUGUGGAUGUGCGGCCCAGCUGACACCCAUCUAAGCAAGUAGCAAGUGGAUAGAUAACAGAGUGACUGAAAACCAGUGGUGGCCACGUCCAUUGAAUUAGCAUGCAUAGAAAGGGCAGUUUCUGUCUGCAGUAGUACACUUAUGAUGGCUGCCAUUGGAUCUUGAUAUAUAUUUUCAUGGGAGUGAGCUGUAUUUCAUGCAUGGACAGUGCAUUAGACAUAGAAAGAUGGGAUGUUCUCAGCCUAAAUUACGCAUCUUCAGAGGCAACUCAGCCUCUCUUUUUUCUCAUGCAUUUCACCAAUGCUCACCACUGUGACAGUAAUAUCUAAUGGCAAAUAUCCAUGGCAGAUAUCAUAGUGUAUUAGCAAAACAACCAUUUAAGAAUGUUGAUUUGAUUAUAAAAGCCCACUCUGUUCAUUCCAAUUCAGGGGCCAAGCCAAAUCUAACUGGGUUUACCACUCUUACAUGAAGAGAAUGAAAGAAGAGAGAGUCUAAGAGACUAAGAAAAAUGUUUUAUAUUCAAUGCCAAGCAGUAGUUCAUACUGGGCACUUGUACAGGAUGGGUAAUGUGCACCCCUCAGAAGUACCUAAGGGGAGGAACCCAUAGCAGGGAUCAUGGGUAAACGUCACAGAUGGCCAAGCCUAACUGUUUCAAACAUCUGGAGCAAUGCUGGUAGGAGAGGAACUGGAGCACCACGGCAGUGUCUGGUCUGAGUCUCAGAAGAAUCCUUUCCUCAAGCACAUCACCACUUCCAGAGAUCCGUCACCUUCCCUGUACUACCCUACCUUACUCCAGCCCAUGUCAGUGCCCUUUCUGGAGCCUAGCUCAGACUGUAUUGCACCCCACCACCAUCAUAACAGCCCCCACCCAGCCAGGCUGGUGGGAGUUUUUGCACUACUGCAGCAGUCCUCCCUUUUAUCACCUAACUCAUCAAAGCUUAAACAAUGUCCCUUGUUGGAUUACACAUUAGUUUCCCUCUCACCCCAAACUGACACAAUGACCCGCACUGUGUAACAGAGGCUGGCAGUUGUAGAGGGCUCAGUCCCAAACCUGUCUUGUUGUCAGUAUUAAACCAACAGCACAUAACCGUCACCCCUUUACCCCACCCAACAAGUGGUGGAGAGAUAUCCCUGCAUAGAAGGGUAGAGAGGGCUGUGUAGCACUUAGUGAUUCUCUUUGUAGUGCUCAUUUUCCUGCCCUCCUCCAAACAGCCUCCCUCUCAUCAUCAUUCUCUCGCCCCUUCUCCUCUUCCCUAAGCACCCUUGCUAUCUUACCCACUCACUGCUGGGUGGGUUGCCCCCAUUUUGGCCCAGAAUCACUGACACCAAAUGGGAUCCAGGCCUCUCCCUUGUGAGACAAGGCUGGCCAUAGCUGCCCUUUUCGAGUGGCGCCACCGAAUGAAUGUGAACGGCAAAGCAGCAGCAUCGGGAACGAGAGACUUGAGCACGAGAAUGUGAGGAUGCGAGAAAAGAAGAAAGCAUGGGACAGGAAACAAAACAGCUGAGGGCCUCAGCCCUCACUGCCAUCAUUGACAUGGGUGAGAAAGGGUGAUGUGGCUGGUUGUAGAGACGAUGAUAACAAACACUCGGAGGAAGGGGAGGCGGCGAUGUAGGAAUAUGCACGGUCUCCCCUUCAGUUCCCACAACAGCCCCACGUGAGCCCCCGCUCCCAUGCCAGCUGACCACCCCAAAUGCCCCCUCCCCACCCCCACCCCCAGCUCCCUGAAAAAGGAUAACCUCCAACUUUCAUAUGGUGAGGAUCAGGAAGCGAUCCAUUCCAGAGAUGCAGGUUUGGAAUUCCAACACAUCUUUGUAAAAGAACUGAAAAAGAGAAAAAGAAAACAGUGACAUUGUUCUCGUGAGCUGACUGGGUAUGUGUGUGUGACAGUAGGGAUUACAAUGCUGCUUUACCUUCUGAGUCUGAUUUAGAUUAAGAAAAAAAGAUAUAUGAAAUGAUUAUAAAUCCAUAAAACAAAAUGAAAAGAGAUGAGUUAAAAAAAAAAAAGACUCCUGAACAAAAUUAUUGGAGAUUUUUCAUUUUAUCAUUUUCUUAUUUUUCUGUUUGUUUUUUGACGCUUAAACUGGUCUGUGUAAAAGAGGAAAAAAAAACAGCUGUAGUCACUUUUUGACCAUGCGUGCAGUGUAACAUAGAAAAUAUUUCACUUCUUUUUCACAUCUAUAGUUUGUGUUGAUAAGCCAACUGAUCUGUUUGUCUGUGUGUCUGUCCAGUUGUCCGUCCCCUUUUAUCAGGAGGAAUUUACAACCAACAAAACAGGAAUUUCUUUUUUAUAUUUUGUUUCUUUUUUUUUUUAAUGAAAUACAACUUUGGAGAAAAAAAAAAACACAAACAGGAAAAAGAAUACAAGAGAAACUGAAAAUACAAAAAAAAAAAAAAACUGAAACUGAAACACAAUCUUGUCAUACCUCACACAACACAAAACUCAAAGGAACUUGGGAGGAGUCAUAUUUUGCAGGCACAUGUGAAAGUUCAGAGAUGCAUAUACUAUAGAUUUAAAAAAAUGUAUAUGUUAAAGAUAAUAUGUGCUUGUGUGUACGCAUCAGUAGAAGUUACAAAAGGACUCUUCCCUCAAGCUUUGGUGCUCUUUAUCUUAUUGAUUUGGUUCUUGCAUGAUGGGAGAUGCAACACAAACAUGAGAAAAUGUUGUGAGACCUUAGAGACCAUCUGCUCGUUCUAAUGUGAGCUCUUCUCCAACUUAAAGGCACAGUCUAAGACAGUAAACUUAAAAUGUGAAUGGUCCAGAGACUGAGGGAUUAUGACUUUUGUAAUGGCUGAGUGUUUUAUGGUAUUGAAUGUAGCUGACAGAGGGGGCUGGACCUGAGCCCGGCACCCACAACCUAACUUCCACACACCAGCAGUAAGGAUAGUGGUGUCAUAUAGAGGUUACAAACAACCAACAAAACUGAGAAUAUAUAUAUUGCCCAUCUGCAAGGUGCAAUACUAUGUUAUGUAUUUUUGUAUGUUUUCUGUUUUGAUUUUAUUUUCAUUUCAUUUACAUUUUAUUUUGGCCAUAACCAAGGAUGUAAAUACAAAAAUAUACAACACUCAAGAUUUAUUGCAACAGAGUAAAUCAUCCCACUGUCCCGUAGGAGGAAAAAAAAAAGCAAAGUAAUGUGUAAUGCUUCUUACAUUUAUAUGUGUGCACUCUCUCAUGUGCAUGCAGAUCCAUAUUCAGAAGUGCCCCCGUAACAUUAAUCAUAAACCCUGUGCCUCCUCUUGUUUGCAAAGAGAUAGAUUCGUAUCCCUCAUACUCUCACAACAACACGCCAGACAUGAAUGCCUAUAGUUGUGUGUGUGUUCACCAGUGGAAUCAGAUCCAGUUCUUCCAAACUAUUGAUGUGAGUGUUGCCAGCAGCCACAGUAGCUAAAGGUCAGGAGGACAGUGAGGGUUUUUUCUUUCAUAAAGUGGGAAGUGGAGGAGGGAGAUAUGAACAGAAGCUGAGAAAGUUAUUAUCUGGCAUGAAUGUCAGCUAACCUGGCUGCUACACACACACACAUUAUAGUUGGAAAAGUCCAAAUUGGAUUUCCCCAUCUGUCCACCAGCCCAUAGCCUCCCAGAGGCCAGCCUUGAAAUCUUGCAAGCUCAGUUUUGACAUAAGGCAGUCAAGAAAACUUGGACCAGUUUACAACUGGGACUUGUAAAAGCCUCAUUCACACUUGUCAUUUCAAGUGUUUCCUGAUUUACACUUAUAUCCAUCAAAAAGCAGCUUGCCUCCAUUCUGGUUUUCCUGUAGUCUAGCAGUUUAGUGACAAUUAAAGAGUUAUCAUUAACAGUUAGUUAACAACUCUCCAUAACUAACACAAACACACAGACAAAUGUGUAUGUGCUACAAGUGAGACAGAAGUUUAAACGGAAGAGUUAAUGUUACAUAUUUGUCUUGGAGAGACAGAUGCAUUUACACCUUUUCAACAUCUUGCUAGGAUGUGUCUUUAAGUCAUCUUCUUGAUUGCGCUCACAGCUUUUUUGAUAUCUUACAGUUAAAUGGUCCAUAAGUGUUAAUGGGGUCUUGAUGACAGUUUUGACAGAAUACCAUAUUUGGUUUUCACUUCUCUCUAGUUAAAGCUGAAAGUAAUUUUGGUUAUGCCCAGUAAUGACACCCCUAACUAAAGCAAACUGAGUGUUACCCGACCGCAAGAAGCACAGCGUGGUUUUCAAGGCUGGCCCUGUGGGGCCUUUAAACUCAUCCCUCCAUAGAUAUUAUGAUCCUGGUUUAUUCUCACAUAUUGACACAUUGGACAAGGGUGGAGAUUGUCUGUGAUGUUUUUUUGGUUUUAUGGUUGUGUUUGGUCCCCUCCGUGCCAAAUGUAGAGUUUGUGAAGACAUGCAAGUAGCAAGAUGUCUAUGCAAUUUCCCUCCAACUCCCUCCAAAAUACAAGCUCAGUGUAACAACAAUGAGCCCAGUUUUGCUUAUGAAAUAAAAUUCGGCCCCGGCUUGAAUUCCAGAGGCUCUUUGCUUGACCUAAAGACCCUUGCUACUUUGUGUGGGCUGAGGGUCCGGACUGCCCAGGUGAGCUGGCCUUAAGCCCAGCUGACUGGCUGGUCCUUCGGGUCCGUAGCUCUAGGCGGUAGUCUCGGUCCCAGAGGACAAGUAGGAGGGGUACUGGGGAUGUUGUGGAGAAUAAGGAUUCUACGAGAUGUGCUGUUUUUUGUAAACUGCUCAGAAAGUGGUGUGUGUGUAUGUAUGUGUGUGUUGUUGAGAAGUUUGGGUACUGCUUAACAUCUACUUGAUGCAAUGCUCUCAUUGUUUGGUGGGUUGAAUGUUAUGGCUACAAAGCCAUGAAUUCCAAGAUUUAGACAAGCCCCUAAAGUCAAACCUUUUGCAAUAUGUGUGUGAAGCUUUAAAUUUUCUAUCCUGCGACCAGGUUAAUGUAAUGUUAAAGAGCAUUUUGGGUUAGUUGAUGUCCACCAGUGGGAUGUACAUAGCAUAAGCUACAUUUACUUGACUUCUUACCUCUGCUUUUGAAACGUGAGGAAGGGAUUUGACCUGAUUUGACCUGAUCAGAAAUUUUUAAGAAAAAAAAGUAAUAAUAAAUAACUGCAUCACCCCACGUGAGAUGAACAUCUACAGCCUACAGACCAUCACUUCUACAUGAGCACUUAAACAAAAAGCACUUUCAAUGGCCCAAACCAACCCACAAUAAGUGGAGGAAUCUUUUGUGGCAGUAUUUGCGACAAGAUAGAAAUAUAUAUAUAUAUAUAUAUAUAUAUAUAUAUAUAUAUAUAUAUAUAUAUAUAUAUUGCACCCAAGCCAAAUGCCUUUUGCACCAUUUAGUGUUUUUUAAAUCAGUUUAACCCAAAAUAAACAGAGCUGUAGCCUUUAGGCAGAAACAGUUAAUGACUAAUUAUAAAGUUUACAAUUAUUUUUUUAAGGAAGUGUAAUAAGUGAGUGAGCGAACCUUUUGGUUUAUUCCUCGUCUCAUCAGAUCUUUUUUAUACAUUGGUGGGGAAAUAAUAAUCUCAUGAUUGCCUUUAAGAUGCACCAACCCAUGAGAGCAUGAGCUAGACCCACUCCAGACAUACACACACACACACACACACAUGCACACAUAGAAACACAGACCACUUUUUGUGACUGGGUAAAGGAAGCUAUUGAAGGAUUCUCUCAGGUAAAAGAACAUUUUCUAAUAAAUGAUGAUGAACCUUAGAUGAAAACCCAUUGUUAGCUCAUCUUUUUCUUGUCUUCUCAAUUUAUAAUCAGCAGUGUACCUUUUUUCUGUUCUGUGUUCAGUCCUGGAUGUGUAUCAGGAUAAAAAAAAAAAAGGUGUAGACAUCCAGGUUUCAUAAAAAUUUGACCCUGAGUCUACAUCAGCGAUAAAGAAUUAUGCCCUCAUUGCUUUCUUAACCCUAAGUGAAAACACAUUUCUUCACGUGUGGAGGUGGGAGAGUGACGUGUCUGUUGGAUUUGUGUAGCUGGGAGUUCUGUUUGUUUGGGUUUAGUGCUGCACUGUAUGGAAGCUCAUUCCCUCCAGGAAAAAGAAAAAACAAAAUUAAAUUACCAAAAUCAAAUAAAAAUGAGAGAGAAGUUUUGACUUUAUGUGUCAAAAUUAUGAAAAAGGAGCUCAAUUUUUUUACUUAUUACCUCAUUAUUUUUGACUUACUAUCUGAAAAUGAUCACUUACUAUCUUAAUUUUGACAUUGUCAUCAUCAUUUAUGAUUUAUAGUCUCACAGAUUUGAUUUACCUGAACAUCUUUAUUUUUGUCAUCUAUAAGCUUUGUCAUAUUAUCUCAAAAGCAUGACUUAGUGUGACAUAAUUUUGAUUUUAGAGCAAGUUUUUUUGUUUUUUAACCAAUAAUUUUAUUAAUUAAAUUUUUAUCAUCCCUAAUUUUUUAUCUUUUAUUCUCGAUGGAAAUGGGCUUCCAUACCACAGUGAAAACACGCAAACUUUUUUUUCCUUGUUUUAAAACUCGGGCCAGCUUAUUUCUAUUUCAGAAAUCCAGCGUGAGCAUGUGAUCCCAAAUAAAUUAAAUUUUGACUUUUCUCAUAAACACAUGCCUAGAGUGUACAAAAGCAAAUUCAGCCCUUACUGUCAGUAAUAGCUCAGUCUUUGCACCUUCUCCCCUUACGGUCAAAGUGCUAGCAGCAAUACCUAGCCCUCCCUCACUCAGUUGGCUAAUGGUGUACACACAGCAGUACGUGGCUCCCAUCCAAUCUGGGCACCAUCCAUUCUCGAGGGGGAGGGGGGCAGAGGAACUGGCUUUGUUCUUCCACCCACAGGCCUGUUCUAUUUCAGUUUGCUUAUUGUUAAACGUUGUGAUGUACUGAAAGGUUGGCAUGGCUAAAAGUAAAGCUGUGCAUGUAUAUAGCUGUGUGCAUGUGAAUGUAGACGUCCAUGUUCACGUGAGAGAACUGUGUUUGGUGUGUGCCAGUGUGUGAACGCUUUGCUAUGAACGUCUGUGGUGCUGAUUUCUGACUGACCUGCUUCACUUUACCCUCCCCAGAAACCCCCAAAGCACCUUUUUAGGCCGUGGUACGUGACAGAAGUCUGUAAAACAGAGUCCUGUCGUAGACUUGUAUUAUUUCCUUUGAAGAAUGUAACUAAUAUUGUGUUCAGCAGGCUAACAGUAAAGAGUAAGAAAGGAGGGAGACUUGGGAACCAUUUAUACGUGAGAGUGGUGUAGGAGAUGAAAACUGAAUUGCAAGAGCAGGUAAUAUUUCAAAAGAAAAGCUACAAUGAUUCCCACAAACAAAGGCCAGACUGUCGCUUGCAGAAUAGAUUACUGCUGCGAUUGCAGUUCAAAGGUUUGCUAUGUUGCUUCUCUUCCCAAAUGAUGGCCUUAUUGAUUGCUUUUGUACCCCUCUUCUGUGGCAUUGUUCUACGAUGUGUUUCAUAGGGCACGAAAAGGAUUUAUUAUGAAGACUUGCACUUAGGAAAUGCAUGCUGUGGAGUUGGGUCUCUGGUGAAGAGUGAAUUAGAGUGCUGGCUGGUAGCAGUUGAGGACUCCCAAGAGUAAUUUUUAGGUUAUCGCCACAUACAACAUUAAAUGAUUUAAUCCAAGCCAAUACCCCAUUUGUGGCCACAUUAGCACUACAACAGAAAUCAUUUGAGAAUAUUUAAGCCCAUGAGCUGAACAAUGUAAACUAAAGUGCCAAAUCUGUGUAUUAGGUGCACCCCACCAACACUGUUAAAAUUCAGAAACAUUAAGAUACAUGUUCAGACAGAUUUUUUAAAUUGUGACUGUUUAAAAAAGUGCUUGGUACCCAUCACAUAUUAUAUGUUAAUAGCUGAGUAAUGAGGUGUUGUGUAAAUAGAGAGUUGUAUUCAUCAUGAGAUAACACUAAACCACCAACUCACCCCCAUCCCGCUUCAUUCACUGCUCUGCACUAUGAUCUGGCCAUUAGACGUUAUGAAUAGCUUUGAGUGGAUGCUGACAUUGUCCUGUUUUGAAACUAUUGUUGCCUAGUACACCAAAUCCCAAGACAGAACUCAGAGCACUUACAGGUGGUAGUGUGGCUUCAACUUGCAAGUUGUUUGUGCUGCUCAGACUAUCUAUAAGGAAGAGAUUUGUAGUCGUGGGGUAUUUUUUUAAACGGGUGGGAAAUCACAUGCCUAGACAGCUAAGAAUGUACACAAAUGAGCUCAUCUGUUAAUAGUCAAUUAGAAGUAUAGAUCAGAAAUUAGAUAAAUUAUAUGAAUUAUAUUGUAGUUUGGGGAGAUCUGUGCUUAUGAGAAAAAUAUGCAAUGUUUGUCAGGUAGAAAAUAAGGUUUUGAAUUGGUUCAGAACUGCUCAGGUUUGAUAAACCGGCCUUAAAGGGUGCUUUCCGUCCUCUUUCUCCCCCUGUGUUCUUGAUCCAACAUGUCUCCUUUGUCCUCUGUUCUGUCAAACACCCUCAGAGCACGUACACUGUUAGCUCUCUUGGCACAUGCAGUACAUAAACCCGCUGUUGUAUGCAAAACUAGAGGGAAUGCUCUCUGCUCAGCUAAGUUUGAAACCUAAAGAAAGGGAUCAGAUCAUGAACCAUUUUCCACUCUAUAGCAGGUCCAAGCCACUUUAUACAGCACCAGCAAAUCACCGACAACCACCUCUUCAAGGCUACAUGUCCACCGGGAACGUCUUCUUUAUUCUACCACGUUUUUUGCUCACAUUGUUUACAACAGAAAGGACUAAGUGUUGCAUGUAAAGCACAAAGCUAAGCAUGUCUAUAGUAUGUUCUUGAAAACUUUUAGCAAAAACACUCUAUGCUUCAGUGGUUUCCUCAACAACAGGACCUGUAUUUCACUAAAAGCAGACACCUGGUGGGCACGACAAGUUCUACGUCUUGUAUGGAGCAGUUGGUGCUGGUAGAUGUUUCUAUGUCUGACUUCUAGGUGGGGUUAUGUUGUACAAAUGUCUAUGAUCUAUUUGUGUCUGUAUUCACUAUUUUACUAUCCACGUCCUGUCAGAAGAAAGAUAGGAUAGAAAAGACCACGUCAGAGAACAUAUGAUAAAUCAAGAGAAAGUAAUGAAGGUCGAGGAACCUUUCCAGAGAUCUGAAUGAAUGGACCGUAAGCACUGACAGUGUGCAGGAGUUUACUUUAUCUUGAUUUAACAGAUGCCAGGUUUAAGGUCUGGACAAUGCAUUUAAACCACAACUCCCUUUGAAAACCUUGUGUGUUUAGACAUUUUUGCAAGUUCAUCCAAUAGAAACGUGAUGAAGUAAACCUCAAAAUCUGCAGAGGUUGAGUUUAUUUUGGGGUUCCGUUUGAUUUGUUGUUUCUUUUGGAACUUCUGUUGUCUUUUUUGUGGAUUUUCUCAAGGACCCUAUUCAGCCUGCUCAGUAUAUCUAUGACUAUAGAAACACAGAUUAUAUAACUUCAUGAUUUUAAACCAGCAGUAGACAUUUUACAAAACAUAUAAAGAAAUAUACAUGCAAAUGAGCUAUAAGAAAAUCUUCACCACAAUAGCUAAUACAACUACUUUUCUUACUUUUGUAUCACUCCUUCAAGAGUUCCUUGCUUCACUGUGACUGCAGAGGCUGCUGGGAAAACUAUGAUGUGUUCUGCAGACACUCAGGGGUUAUGACCAGUCCGGUCAGGGUCAGGGAUUGUUGGAAGGUGCCAAAGACAGGAUUAGAGGUGUUUUUGUCAGUUAAUGUUGAAAGCAUGUCAACCUGUUGUCACAGCUCUCCGUGCAAACUGUAAACCAGGCAAGUCCUAUUAUCUCUGGAGAUAAGCCAGAACAACAAAGUACAAGAGAAUGGAGUAAAGACAUUGCUCGUCCUGAUCCAGGACUUUCAUUGUAUUUAUCACGGUCCUCAAUGGUCUGGAUGCUCUUUUGAAACCAGACGUUUCAGCCACUCUGUGGUUCCUAAACUUCAUGAUGGGAAGAAUGUUAUAGGCAAUCCUCUUAGCGACCUGUAAGGUGGAGAGAAAAUAUGAAAGAUCUCCACCUUUGAAAAUGUGGCACCAAAAGCAUUUUCUCCCUGGACAUCUCUAAAACUUGACAGGAUGCCUCAAACUGGAAACAAUGUCAAUAUUGUGAAGGUUUGAUAUUUGUUGAAAAUUCCCCCAGUCUAGAGAGCCUAUUUUUAUGUGUCAUCCCAACAUAAAGUCUACAGGCCAAGUGGGAAUGUGCAGGCCAGGCCAGUGGUAGAAACACUAAUGUGCAUGUGCAGUGGGCCAUGCAACGCAGAAGCAAACCCUGAAGCAGCAAUUUUCAUUCAAGUGAAUGGACACCAUCUUGGAAUCUGGUAUGCAGUACUUACAGUACAUCUCUGGUAGUAAAUUUCUGAAUAAAAGACAUAGUUUUGUUACUUUGCACUUGCCUGCUCCACCUUAUAAGUCGCUAAGAAGACUGCCUACCAUCAGGGGAGUUUGUAUUUUCCACAUUUUUCCCAUAAUUAAUUUUUUUGAGCUGGUGGGUGACUGAAAUAUCCAGGUUUGUCAAUCACGGUCCUGGAUCGGUUGUCACAUGCUAAAAAACGUCUGCUGCAAAACAAUGGAAAGAUUCCACAGUAUGCAGGGAAACACAUGGCCAUUCACUGUACAAAGAGUAGUGAUCUUCUUCAGAGUUAGUGGCAAUGAAACCAGGGGAGACAUAGGAGAGCCAUGACAUAUAUUUUCAGGGUAACACAAAGAGUAGCAGAAACUAUUUAAAAGUUUACUUUUCUGUGAUGAUGAUGUUCUGGAAAUUGCCCUGAUACUACAACCCGCAGCCUCCUCGUAUCUGGUACAGGUUGAACCAGACAAUAAGAAAACACCAUCUGACCCACUCACUCUUUACAUCUCUUUCUCUUUUCAUUUAAUUCUCUGAUGACAUCCCAGUCACAUGCAUGCAAAGCAAAUAAACAAUAUUCAGGAUUCAUUCCCAUGAAGCACAGGGGCAAAUAAACAUGCAAGGACAUACAGUCAAGCUUUAGGCAACGCUCUGGGCUAAAUAAAUAUACACUGCCUCGUCAAAUAAACAUAAACACACAUAUGCGCAGGAAACCUCCGAAUAUCUACUGUGAUCUCCUCUCACGCCACCCACACCUUCAUCACACCAAACCCCUCCUCACCUGGACCUGUCCAUCCCCAUGAUAACCCAAUCCCUUGCUGCCCCUGAGCACCCACCAUCCCCUCUUUACCUCCUCUUCCUCCUCCUCCUCUCCAGUGGGUGGUGUGAUGUCAGGUCUUUGUGGUGGGCUGCUUACGACAGGUCCAGACAAUCAGCGUGUUUGUAAAUGUCAAUGUGUGAUUUUCAAAUCUUUGUUUAUGGUCAGGGUUUUAAAGGAAGAUAUUUUUAUGGUAAUUGUCGCUGGUCUAUUUUAGUAUAUAUUUAUGUAAUAAAUAUGUGACUAAAUUUA